AACGUUUUGGCCUACGCCUUCACCCUCUUCUUCUCCAAACUGGUAUCCUACACUUUCCUCUACUGGCUACCAAACUUCCUGGCUAGCGUCAGUGUCGAGAAAGUCUCCGCUGAGCAGGCAGCCGUCCUUUCGACCAUUUUCGACAUUGGCGGCAUUGUGGGUGGUAUACUGGCGGGUUUCCUCAGUGACAGUGUCUCGGUGAGUAAAGUACAGUUGACUUGUAACCUUGUAGCUUGCCUUUCUCAUGUCACAUGUGAGUACACUGAGGCCUACUAA